AUGAAUAUGUUGGAUGAUGAAGAUGACCAAAGCUUUCACGCUACGCGUGACGGUUACUCCCAUUUGAGCGAUGUCGAAUGGGAUGCGGUUGAACGAAUGGGUUCGACCAUGGGCAUCCAUGCUGUUAGCGUCAUGCUAGAGGCUCUCAAUAGAGAUGCCCAACAUGCUACUAUCGCCAAGUUCAUUCAAAAUGAACUUGACGCAGAACGCGAGAAAGUAGCCUUGCUUCACCAACAAGGUUCUCAACAAGCAGAGUUGUUGAGAGAACAAGGUGCUCAACAGUUUGAACUGUUGAGACAGCAGCAGGCUGCUGCUGGCGGGUCGAUGCACUCGCGUCGGCCCGGAGACUUUGAAGAUUGA